UUCAGAUCACAAUGCCUCAGAACGAGCACAUUGAGUUGCAUCGCAAAAGGUAUGGGCGUCAGUUAGACUACGAGGAAAGAACUCGCAAGAAGGAGAGUCGUCAGGUCCGCGUGCUUGCCAAGAAGUCACAGACUCUACGUAAGAACAAGGCCAAGAUAUUCCACAAACAGAGAUUCAAUGAGAAAGUUCAAAUGAAGAAAACUAUCCGUCAACAUGAGGAAAAAUUAUCGAAAAAGAAGGCAGAAAAACCGGCAAAAGAAGGGGCUGUUCCGGGUUAUUUGAUGGACAGGGAAAAUACUAACACGGCUAAGGUUUUGAGUAACACUUUGAAACAGAAGCGAAAGGAAAAGGCGGGAAAAUGGGAUGUUCCGAUUCCCAAGGUGAGAGCCCAAGGAGAAGACGAAGUGUUCAGGGUCCUGAAAUCUGGUAAGCGAAGGAAGAAGGAAUGGAAAAGAAUGGUUACCAAGGUUACGUUUGUGGGCGAAAACUUCACAAGAAAACCUCCGAAGUUUGAACGUUUUGUCCGUCCAAUGGGUCUUCGUUUCAAAAAAGCGCACGUUACUCAUCCUGAAUUGAAAGCGACGUUUUGUUUGCCAAUCAUUGGCGUAAAAAAGAACCCAGGAAGUAAAAUGUAUACUACAUUAGGUGUUGUGACGAAGGGAACAGUUCUAGAAGUGAAUGUAAGUGAGCUUGGUUUGGUUACUCAAGGUGGAAAAGUUGUCUGGGGGAAGUAUGCGCAAGUAACGAACAAUCCAGAAAAUGACGGAUGCAUAAACGCAGUUCUUUUAGUUUGAUUUGUUUUUCGUCCUACUUGACAUUAAUGGAGUUCGUUCCGUGAUCGGAAGAUGGGAGAAUAAUUUUGACAAGAUGACUCAUUUUGGUGCUUUGAGACUAUUUCGUUGAGUAGUUUGUGGAAAUAUUAGAGAAAUUCAAUUUUGGCCUUCA